GGACAGAGAAAAGCGUCAUCGGUCUCCUAGCAGCGGAGUGUCCGUACAGCGUGUGUGUGUGUGAGAUUGCGGUUGCCAGGACUCAAGGCAGAUGGGGCUUUUUGACAAGCUUGCGGGUUGGCUGGGUCUGAAGAAAAAGGAGGUCAAUGUGCUGUGUUUGGGCCUGGACAACAGCGGGAAAACCACCAUCAUCAAUCAGCUAAAGCCAUCCAAUGCUCAAGCUCAAGACAUUGUCCCAACUAUUGGCUUCAGCAUAGAAAAGUUUAAGACCUCAAGUCUCUCGUUCACAGUUUUUGAUAUGUCAGGGCAGGGGAGAUACAGGAACCUUUGGGAACACUACUACAAGGAGGGUCAGGCCAUCAUAUUUGUGAUUGACAGUGGAGACAAACUAAGAAUGGUGGUGGCAAAAGAGGAGUUGGAUACCCUUUUGAAUCACCCUGAUAUUAAGCACAGGAGGAUACCCAUACUGUUCUUUGCCAACAAGAUGGACCUUAGGGAUGCAUUGUCUGCUGUAAAGGUUUCUCAGCUCUUGUCUCUGGAAAACAUCAAGGACAAACCCUGGCAUAUCUGUGCAAGUGAUGCAGUGAAAGGGGAAGGCCUUCAGGAAGGUGUAGACUGGCUGCAAGGUAAAUACACAUUUCAUGUUCUGUGGCCCUGAUUUCCUUUUGUCUUUGAAUUGGUUUAUUAAUACAGAUGUAUGCUGAAAUGUCAUUUAAAUAGGUCAUCAGUAGAACUAUAUCUUGCAAUGCCAUUUAUUUUCUUGUAUUCUAUUUCAUCCAUAGAACAAAUUGCACUGUAAGUAUUGAAGUCGUAAUUCCCAGAUGUGUUUUGACUCUUAAGUUAAUUGGUAACACUUUACAAUAAGGUUCCAUUCGUUAACAUGUGUUACUGCAUUGGGUAUCAUGAACAAACAAUUAAAAAUAUAUAUUUUUACAGAAUUUGUUAAUCUUUGUUCAUGUUAGUUAAUAAAAAUAAAUGUGUUCAUUGUUAGUAAAUGUUAGUUUAUAUUGCAUUAACUAAUACUAUUUAAUAAAAAUUUUCAAAACGUAUUAGUGUGCAUGUUUAUAUGUUAAAAUUAACAUGAACUAAGAUUAAUAAAUUAUGUAACCAUAUUGUUCAUUGUUAGUUCAGGUUAACUAAUGUAACUUUAUUUUAAUGUGUUACUGGUUACAGUAUUUUAAACUUUGUUGGAACUCAAUUUUGGGCUGCAUGCAUUCCUGUACUGUUGUUCAUUUGAUUUUGGCCUUUUGGGAAAAAUUCUAUGAAAAUAAUCUGGUAGAAAAGGGGAUAAAAAUUUUUAUAAAAAAAUGAAAACGUUUCAGUGAAAAUAAUCAUUGAAAUGUAUAUCUCUAAGAAUAGGAUACAGCCCAAAUGAAUGAUGAACUACUCUAGAGACUUUCUCCUAUGUUGAAUAAGGUGUUUUUUGAAAUACUAUGAAGUGAGUUACUGUAGAUGGAGUUCACAGAUUUAUGUUCCCCUCUACCCAAGCUUUUACUGUUUUGCCCCAUGAAUCCAGCAAUUUAGGGUCCCGCCAUUCUCUCAAACGUCCUCUUUGUCAUUUGAAUGAAUCAUUAUUCUGUUUUUCUAAAUAAUGUUUUCUCAUCUCAACAGAUCAAAUCAGAGCGAUGAAAACGUAAAACCCUCCUGAAAAAAGAAAGCAUCUAGGUCACCAACUGCAAUGAUGAAACCAGACAAAACCGACCUACACCUUUGGGCUUAUUGUGUCCGCGAUGACUUAAAAAUGAAUUUGGUUUGUAGUAUAAUAAACCGUUUGGCUUAGAUUAUGAACCUGUUUACACCUGGUAUUAACAUCCAAAUCAGGUCAUCUGAUCUUAAUUUGUCAGUCGAGACAUUAACGUUUACACCCGGUAUUAACAUGCAUCUCCUGUGACCACUUGUGUUCAGAUUUUAUUGAGGGGAGGGUCUCUGAUUUUAUGAUUGCAUACAUCACUUACUACGUCAACGUAUCGCUGCUUGUUGAUUAAGCAUAUUAAUAGCAUAGUUGUUGCUCACAAAAACACCUACAGUUUUAAUCUUACCACAAAUGUGAUAUUUUGAGUGGAAUGCUCGUAGUUAUGUGUGUGCUUUGUCUACAUUUAUUAAUUUAGCAAAAGCUUUUGUUCCAAGAUAAAUUGUCACUGAAGGUGUAUUUAUAUAUGGACUUUUCCAGAUAUUUAGAUCGGAUGUCAUUAAAGCAAUAUCACAUGAGCAAAAGUGCUGUUGUUCUGUAGAGUUUAUCAGCACAGCUUUGAGCUGUAAAGCUGUACACGACAGGCAAAAUUUAAAACCCUUGAUUUAGCGCAACUGCUAAUUGAUAGCUAAGUAGGUGGUCCUUUACUGUUGUCCGGGACACGUCAGACUAAUUAGCAUUUACAUUUCGAAUGCCAUGAUGUCACAUGCAUUUCUGGCUGCCUCAGAAUGGGGUUUGUGUGAUUGGAUCACCCGAGAUGGAUGUUAAUAUCAGUUGUACACAAGACCUAUGUGACAGUGUAUUCAGCAUUUGACCAUUGUGCAUCUUCUCUCUAAAUAUGUUUUGCUUUCAUAAAUAUUCGACAACUUCAGGAUCAAUUUGAAUUUAAUAUUUUUUCCUAACACAUGUUUGUCUUGUCUUGUUUGUUUUGAAUUAAAAAAAAAGAAUCUUGUUUUUUACUUUACAAUACACUACUUGGCUGUCAAUGCAAACUGUGGAGAUAUUCGGUUGACCAACAUAACUGAAGAGCAGUGGCUCAUAUUUUAUAUCUAGCUGUUUGUUUUGGGGAAAUGGUAGACAAUACUCAUUUCAUUGCUCUGAAAUGUAAAACUGGUCACUAUACUGUCACUGUUUUAUUUAUGCAUUCCAUAUAUGUUGGUCUUUAUAUGACAGUGUUUUGUGUAGCAGAAAACCUCAAAUAGUCACAAAGUAUUGAUUCCUCUGUUUUGGACUUAAUUAUUUUUUCAUGAGCAUUUUGAUUAAAAGCAUAUGUGAAGGUAAUGUUGCUGCAUUUUUUGUUUUGUGCAGACAGAACAUUUUUACAAAUUAAUUUAUUUUCUUAUAUAUUAGAUUCACAAAUAUUUGGUAUUUGUAUUGAUUAUUAAGGUAUCUUGUAAUAGAAUGUUAAAUAAUAAACAGACACUGUGAGCUUAUG